GUCACAUGACUUUGUCACAUGACAUCAAAAUGGCAGCACUCAGCUGUCUGCAAAUAUUACUCAUGAUUGGAAUGCUUGUAACUGGAAGCAUCAACACACUAAGUAAAAAGGCACAAAAUGACUGCAAAGUGAAAGGAUAUAAGUCUGAUGAACAUAGCUUUGAUCAUCCAUGGUUUCAAACAUGGAUAAUGUUCAUUGGCGAGUCACUCUGCCUGCUGGGCCUCUGUAUCCACCGACGGAGAGAGUUACAAGCCUACAGAAAGCUGGUUACUGAGAAUGAGUCUUUGAUGGUUCAGACAGCCACAGAUAUAACUCCACCUGUGCAUGCAAGAAUACUGCAACCUAUCAUUCUUGUGCCCACCUUGUGUGACUUGGUUGGAACAUCAUUGGCAGGUAUUGGUCUGCUGUAUGUUGAUGCCUCUGUGUGGCAGAUGUUGAGGGGAUCCAUCAUUAUAUUUGCAGGAAUACUCUCAAAAAUCUUCCUGAAGCGUAAACUAAAGUGGAGUCACUGGCUUGGAAUGAUGUUGGUCAUGGUCGGGCUUGUUCUGGUUGGCUGCUCCAGUGUCUUCAAGAACCAGAACCACAAAACUAACGGGGGAAAGGCACUGAUUGGUAUUCUGCUGAUCCUUGGAAGCCAGAUAGUGAGUGCCAGCCAGAUGGUGAUAGAGGAAACAUUCCUGAAGGGCAGAUGUCUGCAUCCUCUACAUGUUGUUGGACUGGAAGGAUCGUUUGGUGUUGUGUUAAUGUCUCUGGUUGUGUUACCAGCUAUGUAUUUCAUCCCGGGAUCAGACGUACAAGACAAGUAUGAGAACAGUGUUGACGCUCUAUACCAGAUCUCCAAUUCUCCGAGACUCCUCCUCUUUUGUCUCUUCUAUCUCAGCUCUAUAGCAUUCUACAACUACUUCGGCUUGGCUGUCACUAGAUCUCUCACUGCUGUCCAUAGGACGUUGAUAGAUGCCUGUCGAACUAUCAUGGUUUGGGGACUUGAUAUGCUAAUAUAUUAUGCACUGGACAAGAAUUUUGGAGAACCAUUCGAUAAGACAUAUGGAUUAUUGCAAAUUGAUGGUUUCUUGUUUUUACUGAUUGGAACUGGUCUUUAUAAUCAAUUAUUGGACUUGAGAAACUUUGUGCCAUGUUGUGUUUUCCCCUCUGAAGAGCUCCAGAAUGUGUCACAUGACCCUGGUCGCCAUAGCAACAUACAAGAUGUCAGCUUCAGUGAAGAGGAAGUAAGUGAUGAUGAGAAUACGAGACUUUUGAAAGGAAAACGAUGAAACUAUCUUGUGAUGUAUUCAUAAGCGUGAGAUUAUGUCAUUAUCCCAUUUAAGUAUACCUGUUAUAUCAUAACUUAAGCUUAAUAAAAUUUCAUUGUGUAACUUAGUGUCAUUAAGUGAACUAAAGAAAUAGACAAUAAUGAGAUUUCAUGUAAUGUGUCAUGGCUUGAGAGCUCUGUGUAAGACAGUUCAUCUUAUAUGGAAAUAAAAUGAGCUGUUCUUUUUGUUACACUAACUCAUUGAUGUAUAUAAUUAUUAAAUACUCAAACUGAAAGUGGGCAAUCUUCUGACUGAGCAUAUCUUUAUUACAUGCAUAAGAGCCAUUACAUCGUUAAAAGCCUGGGAUUGAGACCAAGAACAAUGAUAAAAAUGUUUUUUUUUGUAUUAUGUCACAAGAUUUUAACUUAGAUUUUAAGUCUUAUUUCUUAACCUUAUUAUGUUUAGCUUUUACAGUAUUUCAAAUUUUGUAUGAACAAGUUUAAAGAGUUGCGGUUAGUAAACUUAAGUGUUUAGGGGAUUAGGGUUAACAUAAAAAAUAUCAAGACAUGGUUAGUCUUUUCAUUGCCCCUACAUGUUUUUUGGUAAUCCUUAGUUGCCUUUCUCCACGUAAUAUUUUGUUUAGUUUUUACAUUGUUAGCAUGUUUUGUGAAUGGGUAAUUGAUAUUUGUAUGACAUGUGUAUGCUGUCUGUAUGUAUGUCUCUUGUUUGUUUAAAUUUUUUAUACAAAUAGUAUCAUCAUGAUCAUUUAAAUGGUUUAAAUUUAUAUCAUAACAUAACAUAACAUAAAGUUUAUUCUGAUGUAAGCAUGUACAGCUUAUUAUCAAUAAUUUUUAGCUCCACUGGCCGAAGGCCAUGGAGCUUAUGUCGUCACAGAUUGUCCGUCGUGAGUGCGUGCGUGCGUGCGUGCGUAAACUUUUACUUUAAACGACAUCUCCUCUGAAACUGAUAAGCGGAUUUUGACAAAACUUCACAGGAAUGUUCCUUUGGUGGUCCUUUACCAAAAUUGCUCAAAUGGUUCCGGUCCAUUGCACAAUAUGGCCGCCAGAGCUAAAAAUAGCAAAAUCUUUAAACGACAUCUCCUCUGAAACGGUUCGGCAGAUUUUGAUGAAACUUGACAGUAAUGUUCCUUGGGUGGUCCUUUAUUAAAAUUGCUCAAAUGGUUCUGGUCCAUUGCACAAUAUGGCCGCCACAGCUAAAAAUAGCAAAAUCUUUAAACGACAUCUCCUCUGAAACGGAUAGGCAGAUUUUGAUGAAACUUGACAGAAUUGUUCCUUGGGUGGUCCUUAACCAAAAUUGCUCAAAUGGUUCCGGUCCGCUGCACAACAUGGCUGCCAGGGCAAAAAAAUAGAAAAACCUAUAAAGAACAUCUUCUCAGAAACCGAUGAUCAGAUUUUGAUGAAACUUAACAGAAAUGUUCCUUGGAUGGUCCUUUAUCAAAUUUGCUUCAAUGGUUUCGGUCCACUGCACAAGAUGGCCCCCAGAGUUAAAAAUAGAAAAACCUUUAAACGACUUCUCCUCAGAAACCGAUGAUCGUAUUGCAAUGAAACUUGACAGAAAUGUUACUUGGGUAGUCCUUAACCAAAAUAGCCCAAACAGUUCUGGUCCACUGCACAACAUGGCAGCCAGAGCUAAGAAUAGAAAAAAACGUUAAACUACAUCUUCUCAGAAACCGAUGAUCAGAUUUUGAUGAAACUUUACAUAAAUGUUCCUUGGGUGGUCAUUAACCAAAAUUUGUUAAAUGGUUCCAGUCCACUGCACACCAUGGCUGCCAGAGCUAAAAAAUUAAAAAAAACUUUAUACGACUUGUCGUCGAAACCGAUGACCUUUUUUCGAUAAAACUUGACAGAAAUGUUUGUUUGGUGCUCCUUUACUCAAAUUGCCCAAAUCAUUUCGGUCCUCUGCACAACAUGGCAGCCAGAGCUAUUAAAGUAAAAAAAAUUUUUAAAUAACUUCUCCUCAAAAAUUGAUGAUUGUAUUUCUAUGAAACUUGACGAAAAUGUUCGUUAGGUGGUCUUUGCUUGAACCUUUUGGCCAGUGGAGCACAGGCACUGAUGUGCCUCUUGUUCAAUAGUGCCAUUAAACAGGAUCACAAUCCUACUACAGUAAAACUGCGAUCGCUCGAGGUCGCCAUGGACCGAGCCAAAACUUCGAGGGAACCGAUGUUUCGAACGACCCGAUUUUCAAUUUUUCCAGUUUGAUCUGAAAUAUCUUUCAGUGUAUUUUAUUUAAGUUUGAAGUCGUCAAACAGACUGUUUACUAAGACACCGAUUAUGUGUUGCGUUGUGGAAAUCGCUAAUAUGUUCAAAGGUUGACGUAAACUUAAUGUAAAACGCAAAAGAAAAAACAAUAAAUGAAUAAAUAGAAAUGUUUAUUUUAACAAAAAAGCUCAUUUUCGUAACAAGCAACAUUUGAAUGACAGUACAUAUUGUGGCAUUAGUCAGAUUUAAGUUUCGCAAAAUCAAGGAUUGUUGAUUGGCGCAUCUUGUCGGUUUCGCGAAACUGUUCAAUCGUAAUGUGACGUGACAGCGUACAGAGCGUCUGAAGAUCACGGUCAGCAUCGGCAGUGAAUUCAAAGAACCUUCUGACCACAUCUAAAGCGUUAACUUCUCGUCAUUAACUUCUCCUAAUUAUCGGUCAUGCGUUAACAGUGAAAAACGGUUUUUCACACCUUAUCAAAUUGCCUUUCAACUGUCAUUGCAAUUUUUUACAACUUGCGAAAAUGUUAACACCUAGCAAUUGUUUAUUUAUUUUGGAACUUGCGUUCGGGAAAAAGUGUGAAAUUAUGUCCUCGAGGGAGCCAUAAGGUUUUGUGCACGAUUUGUGUACUUGGGACCGAGGAUAUUGCUCGACAUAAUUAGGUUUCGAUGCAGCGUGGGUAUAUUUUAUAUGAAAAUAGAAGGACAAAAGUUCGGGACUAAGCUCCGACCUCGAGGGAACGCCGGUUCUCGAACGAACGCUUGUUUGAGGGAACGCAGUUUCACUGUAUAUGUUUGUGCUGCUGGUCUUGUCCCAGCAUUUUAUUGCAUUAUUGUUAUACAUACAUGUAAAUGUGUGUUUUAAUACUACUUAAAACAUGAGUCUUCACAGGAUUGCCAUUUUUUUAUUUGAAACAAUAGCAGGUCUUUCUCUGCCUCUCCUCUAGUGAUUUAGAAAUUAUUUUCUGUUUUUACCAGUGCAAUAAGAAUUGCAUGUAAAGCUCAAAUGUGAACCAUACGAAUACCAGAGUUGAUAGCGUCUAAAUGUUAUGACUUUGUUUGUGGGUUCUGUUUAUUUGAUGCUAUUUAAAAAACGAUGUCAGGCCACAAUUAAAAAAUAAUUAUCACACCAAAAUUAACUUUUGAAUGAGUGUAUUUACAAAAAGUAACAAUAAAAAUCAAUGUGUUGUAAAAAGCACUGCCAGGAUGUCUUUAACUUAAUGAGUUUUUCUGCAUUAUGUCAUUUUUGCUUGUGGCCUGCCUUUGGCAGAUUGCUUCACAUUUAGUUAAUUUUCACUUUAUUCCACACUUUUGAAUUUUGAAAUGUCAUCAGAUGUGUAUUGUUGGGUGCUGUUAACGCCUGCUUACUUAAGAAUAUUAACAUUCCACAGUACUUUUCUGUAGAAAAGGAGUUUUUUAUUUUAGGAUUAUCGCAUUUGUUCAUGCUGUUCAAACGUGAAAGGCCACACAAGCAUAUUCCAUGAAAUCAUCAUCAGUCCUUAUAUCUUGUGAUUAUUGUUUGUUAAAAUUAAAAAUAAGUAAUGUCUUCUGCAUCUGACUUUUUAUUUGUAAAAAAGGUUAUCAACAAUAUAUGUUUAUAUAAAACAUAAGCAAUUAAAUGGGUAUGAUAACAAAUAAUAACUUUGAAUACCAUAUGUGAAAUGACAUUAAAUGACAUAACUGCUAAUCCAAUCAGAUCACAAUAAAGAAAUAGAAAUCAUGUCAGAGCUUCUUGCAGCUUGUACAAUAUUUUAUUUCUGUACAAUGAAGCAGUAUUUACUAUAUAUACACUAUUAAUGUUUUCAUGCGAUUACUGUCAGGUUCAUUUAUUUAUGGCCUGCCUACUUACUUGUUUAAACUAAACACUAACUAUAACUUAAAUUUUCUUCUUAAGUCUACUUUUCUUUUUAAGGCUUGAAAUUACUGUUUCUGCAAACCAUUGCUCUGACUGGUAGUUCGGUCAAUUACCCAUUACAGGGCUCAUGUGUUUUGUUUAUUACAUUACAGUCAUGAUCUUGCACAACAUAAGUGUUUUUAGAACAGAUAAUUACACUUACUUCAUUAAAGGGGCUGGACACCAGAUGGUCCUACAAUCAACAAAUACAUAAUUUCCACAAAACAACAAAACAAGCCUAGAAUUGUCAAUACGAGCUAGUGUGUGGCUGAUAAUAAAUCUUUUUACAUGAUUUAAAGGAUAUUUUUUUGCUGUCUCAGCUGAGUUUAGCCAUUUAGAAAUAGUGCAUAAUGGUUUCCCAUACAUAUUUAACCUGGGAAAGUCACAUGAUUAGUACAGAUACAUAUGCCCCAAUGCUAUUUUGAAAUGAACAGGGAUUUACGUGGUACACAAAAAGAAAAUUUUGAUUUGGUAAAAUACGCAAAAACUGCAAAAGAUACAGUCAUGUGAUGUAAGCAAUGUGAUACAUCAGUAAGUAAGAUUCAAUGCGUUGUACACAGCGAUAUCAAUUUUGUGUAAGUUUUUGACAAUUUCUUUUUUCUUGCAAUUAUAUCAUCUGGUGUCUAGUCCCUUUAAUUUCAAUAUGAGUAUAUACAUGUAUUGAGAACAGUUAAUUGUGAUAGGAAUAGUUGAUUAAAAUCAACAAUAUGAUUUCUAAUUCUUUGAAAUCAUGUAAAUCAAAAGAUAUGUUUCAAGGAUGAGGUUGUGCACUAGUAUAAUUAUGCUUGGUGAAAUAUCUAUUUACUUUGUCAUUAACAUUCAAUUAGUAAACACUUGUUUGUUUAUGCAUAAACUCAUUUAAGAGUAAUUGGGAAAUAAUUGAAGUGAACCAGUUGUAAAUUGUUUUCAAAUGAUUAUUACUUAAAAGUUGUAAAUUAUAUAAACUUGAAAAUUAUAUAGUUAUGCAGUUUCAACCAGUUUGUUAUCAUGAUUAUUUUCUAAAUAAAAUGUUUUAUUUUGUUUUAUAAAUAUGGACUUUUCAUCUUGAUACUGAUCUUGUAAGACAAGCAAUUAAAACCCAAGCCUUUAUCCACAUAGAUGUCAAGGUCAAGUCUCUUUCAUAAAUAAAUAAAAAUAACUUGAUAGCAAAAAAAGGUUGAGGAACUGCUCAAACAUAACGAUGUGUUCUCAAUCGUUUUACGUUUAAUGGUUGUUAUUUAAAUAUCACAAAACAAUCUCAUAAACCAUGAGAAAAUGCGCUUUUAAAAAGAUUUGAAUCAUUCUGUGCUGUAAUGUGGUAAAAAGAGUUGAGAUCGAAAA